UCAAAUGGUACCGAACAUUCAAAUUUUCCCGUCUGCAUCAGGACAACAGUCACUUCAAAAUGGGUCAUAACCCAGCAAACGUUUCAAAAAUUUUACAAUUUCAUUGGAAUCUGUCGAUUUUUGCGAUAUUGUUGUACAUUUCGACACAUUUAAUACUGUAUUCUGCAAAAAUAUCGGCAACUCCCACAAUCAAACCUUAUCCGAAAUUCAAUGCAGAAAAAGAUAUAGAGACAAUACAUUUCGUCGUUCACAAAGAAGCUGGCCAAAAAGUUUGCAACGAUACGGAUAAGAUGGUUCGAAUGAUCUGCCAUAGAUGUAGAAAGCAAAGACAGGAAAUGCAGAAAUUAUUCCAAGAAAAAUAUAAGGAAGAUAUCAUCAGUUACUGCGAGGCAGCAACAGAUGCUGAAUUUUCGUUCAACGAAUUGCUAGAAGAGUGUUUUAAACAACCGAUGGAUAUAUACAAAGAUCAUUUGCAUCGAGAGAUCUCAAAAGGCUGUUUUAACCCCAUUAGUGCAGAUAAAUUAACCAUUGUUGAAAUACUGCUGACGAUACCUCCGGAAAAAAAGGAAGAAUUUUUCAGCUCUUAUAAUGAAACUUACAAGGCAACAAUACAAAAACAUGUGGAGGACAACUUGCAAGGAGACUUACAAAACGUCAUUAAAGAGAUGGUGAAUAGAAAUCGUUUGCCGGACAUUCCACCAGACAAGAUAAAUUGGGAUUGGGCAAAACAAGAAGCUCAAAAAUUAUUCGAUGAACGAAAAAAAUGGAAAAACCAUCGCUGCGAAUUAGACAGAAUCCUAAUGGAAACACCAAUCCAGCAACUAAACGCUACUUUAGUAGAAUUUAAGAAAAUUGACGGCAAAGAGCUCGAUGAAAUGAUUCAAAAAAAGAUGGAAAAGGAUAAAAGAGAUUGUUAUAAAGACAUGGUAUUUUUCGCCAAAAAUAAACAUGAUUACUACGCAAGACGAAUUCAUCAUGCUAUGAAAGGUUUGGGGACCCAAGAUAGCGUGCUUAACAGAAUAAUAGGCAUACACAGCGAAGAAGAUUUGAAAGAAAUUGCGACCGCGUAUCAACUAAAUACUGGCGAUUCUCUAAUUCAUGGCAUCAAAGGUGACACGACUUUACAUCAUGAAAUGCUUCUUAGAUGUCUGUCAGGUGAACAUAUGGAAGCGGAGAAAUUCUGAUUUGUAACUAUUCAUCACAUGUACGAGUACGUGCAAACAAUAAAUUAUUAAAUAUUAUUUACUUAUCAUGAAAACAGCAAUCAAAUGAGGAGUCGGCCUGCAAAGUGAUCUAACUGCAAAAAAAUGAUUUUUGAGAUAGCAACGCUAUCUGAUAGUUUAGGACAUGCCCUACAAAAGGAGUAUAUCACCUUCAUCCAGUUUCACUCGUAACACCCCUUCCCCCUCCCUUAAAAAUGAUAAAAUUAAAAGAAUGGCCUGCAAAGUGACCUUAUUUUUACGAUUUUCCAAAAACGUGUUCCAUACGGUACUGUUUGUUGAAAUCAAAAUUAAUUUUAACCCCUUCUGAAGAAAUUCAAAAAUUUUGGAGACAUCGAAAAUCGCACUGGAGGCUCCAGAGUGAUUCGAAAUAGUAAAAUCGUAAGUUGAGAAUAAGCCACAACUCCAGUUUUAGCUACCCAGCUUCCUGUACAUAAAAAAAUCUUGAAUGAAUGAAUAAAUCUUUGCUUUCAUAAAAAAUAACAUACGCAAUGAAAAACCGGAGAAAAUUGCAUACAUAUCACUAAAAAACUAAAAAAAAAACGUAUGUGCAGCCUGCAAAGUGACCUAACUGCAGCAUUUUUCAUUUUUGUUGCACCCUGUAGCGAACCCGUGUUCAUAUUUUUCAGAAACGAAAAGGUGAUUAAGUGAGUGAGGGUUGACCCUUUCGAUUCCCGAAAACAGAUUUCGAAAAUGUGACUUCAUUUUCCUAGGACACGUUUUUCUCAUUUAUCUCGAAAUCAAUUUUUUGCAGUUAGGUCACUUUGCAGGCCGACUCCUCAAAUUAAUCAGUAAAAUAAUUAUUUUUAAGAAAAAUGAAAAAUGCAAACAAUUUCUGACAAAUAAGUUAUUAAA